AUGGUGAGCUCCCUUGGACCUGAUGUUGUGCUCAAGUCCGGUCGAGUACGAUUGAGCGAUGAGUGGUAAACUGACCACGGAUCCAAUCCUACCUAUUCACAGUCGGUCUUGUUCGAAACCUCGUUGGGUGACAUUAUCGUGAGACUCAUCAUGUCAUACAAGCCCUACACUAUUCCUCUACUCACCCCGGUUUCUCCUCCCCCACCUCUGCCCCAGGUCGAUCUCGACACGGAGCGAUGCCCUCGCACAAGCCUCAACUUCCUCAAGCUCUGCUCGACCUACUACUACAACUUUUGUUCCUUCCACAACGUCAUCCAAGAUUUCAUCGCCCAAACCGGUGAUCCAACCGAGACCGGAACAGGUGGAGAAUCGAUUCUGCAUCGGUUGCCCAAAUCAUCGCCUUCGUACCUCCCGACUAAAUAUUUUGUCCCCGAGAUGACCAAAGCGAUCAAACAUACGGCCAAGGGAACACUGUCUAUGGCUGUCGCGGGCGAAGGUGAUCAACGCGGGUGUGGGAGUCAAUUCUUUUUCACGCUCAAGGACGAGUUGGAUUACCUCGAUGGCAAACAUGCCCCUUUCGGCAAGGUCAUUGAAGGAUUGGAGGUGUUGGACAAGAUCAACGAGGCAUACUUGGAUCAAGGUGGACGGCCUUUGAGGGAUAUCAGGAUACGACAUGUCGUCGUGCUCGGUGAGUGGGACAAUCGAUUUUGCCGAAAGCAAGAAUGACUCCAGGCUGAAUCCUUCCGGCGACGGUGUCUUUCCCCCAUGUCACAGACGACCCCUUCCCCGAUCCCGAAGGACUCGUUAUCCCACCCGAGUCACCCGAACCCACACCCGCUCAACUCGCCUCCCUCCGUGUAGGUGACGAUGAAAUCCUCGAAGAAAGCGGCGACGCCGAAGAACUGGACCAAUCCCGCCGAGCGCGCGAAGCGCGUGCCCAAGCUCUAACCCUCGAAAUGGUCGGUGACCUCCCCUUCGCGGACGUCGCACCCCCCGAGAACGUCCUCUUCGUAUGCAAGCUCAACAACGUCACCAAAUCCGAAGACCUCGAAUUGAUCUUCUCGAGGUUUGGGGAGAUCUUGUCGUGCGAGAUUAUCAAGGAUCCCAAGACGGGGGAUUCGUUGCAGUAUGCUUUCGUCGAGUUCAAGGAGAGGGAAGAGGCCGAGAGGGCGUAUUUGAAGAUGGAUAACGUUUUGGUCGAUGAUCGCAGAAUUCACGUUGAUUUCUCGCAGGUCAGUGAGACUUGAUCUGCCUGAUGAUUGGGAGGGAGGGGGCUGAUUUGUUCUGGCGACGUCAAUCUAUGCAGUCGGUUUCGAAAUUGCACAACUCGUGGGUGUUCAACAAGACCGGGGGACGACCACCACCCAACAAAGGUGGGCACAGAGGAGGAGGAGGAGGUGGUGGUGGGAAUGCUGGUCGAGGAGGAUAUUCUCCUUCCUCAUCAUCGUAUCGAGGCGAACCCUCUUCCGCGAGGGAUUAUUCGGAAACACCUCGAUCUUCCCGAGGCGGCGGAGGUGGUGAUCUCUUGUUCGACAUGGCGGAUGUGCAUGAUGAUCGAGCGAGGAGGAGACCUCAUUAUGAGGACAGAGGUGGGAGAGGUGGGGGGGUUGAGAGACGGAGGGAUGGCGAUAGCGGCGGGUCAUCGAGGAGGGAAGAAGGGAGGGAGUACAGGAGCAUUGAUCGACGGGACGAUCGGAGGGGUGAUAAACGGGAUGAUAGACGGGAUGAUAGACGGGAUUAUGGACGGGACGAUCGGAGAGGAGGCGGAGGUGGUGGACACUAUGGACCCUCAGGUAGACAGCGGUCGAGGAGUCCGAGGCGAUGA